AGCACCUCUCCCUCCCCUGUAAUAUUCUCCCGGCUUUCAACAAGGCGGAACAGAUGAGAGAAAUUCAAAUAUAAACAGUCUUGUACAUACGGAUAUAUGCAUAUUUUCCAUCUUUAAACUAUGGCGGCCACUUUCGGCAGAAUUACCGUCGGCAUUUACGUGGAAAUUAAAAGGAGUGAUGGACGAAUACACCAAGCCAUGGUGACCUCCCUAAACGAGGAGAACGACAGUGUCACCGUGGAGUGGAUCGAGAACGGCGACACCAAAGGGAAAGAGAUUGACCUGGAGAGCAUCUUCUCCCUGAACCCCGACGUGGCCCCCGAGGAGGAGGUCAUCCUGAGCCCUGUGACCCCUCCGCCCCCCACACCCAGUGCCACCAAGGUCAACAAGAUACCAAAGAAUCGACGAACCAUCGCACCUGUAAGAAAUGAAGCACCGUCCAGAGACAACAGAGUGGGCUCCACCCGAGCCAGAACCACCCAGCAGCAGCAGCAGCAGCAGCAACCGCAGUACCAGCAGCCUGAGCCUGCACCACCUCCCCCCGCCCCACAGCCAGCCCAGCCCACCCAGAACCAGACCGCCCAGCAGCUGGCCAACGCGAGGAGGAAGUCCAACUGCGUGAAGGAAGUGGAGAAGCUGCAGGAGAAGAGAGAGAGGAGGCGGCUGCAGCAGCAGGAGCUGAGAGAGAAGCGAGCACAGGAGGUUGACACCACGGUUCCCAACUAUGAGAUCCUGCAGAUGAUCCGAGAGUUCCGAGCCAGCCUUGACUACAGGCCCUUAACCACCGCUGACCUGAUUGAGGAGCAUCGGAUAUGCGUAUGUGUGAGGAAACGACCUUUGAACAAAAAAGAGCUCUCUGUGAAAGACCUAGAUGUGAUCACCAUUCCCAGUAAAGACGUUGUCAUGGUCCACGAACCCAAGCAGAAAGUGGAUCUGACUCGAUUUCUGGAGAACCAGACGUUCCGUUUCGAUUUUGCCUUUGAUGAAAGUUCAACAAAUGAAAUGGUUUACAGGUUUACGGCCAGGCCUCUCGUGGAGACCAUAUUUGAACGGGGAAUGGCAACCUGUUUCGCCUAUGGACAAACAGGAAGUGGAAAAACACACACCAUGGGAGGAGACUUCUCUGGAAAGAACCAGGAUUGCGCGAAGGGAAUCUAUGCGUUAGCUGCACGGGAUGUGUUUCUAAUGCUGAAGAAACCCAAUUACAAGAAGCUGGACCUUCAAGUGUAUGCAACCUUCUUUGAAAUCUACAGUGGAAAGGUGUUUGACCUGUUGAACCGCAAGGCCAAGCUGCGCGUGCUGGAGGACGGCAAGCAACAGGUGCAGGUGGUUGGGUUGCAGGAGAGGGAGGUGCGCUGCACUGAGGACGUCCUCAAGCUCAUCGAGGUCGGAAACAGCUGCAGGACAUCGGGUCAGACGUCUGCCAACGCCCACUCGUCCCGUAGCCACGCCGUCUUCCAGAUCAUCCUGCGCCGGAAAGGCAAGAUGCACGGCAAGUUCUCCCUCAUCGACCUGGCGGGGAACGAGCGGGGGGCAGACACCUCUAGCGCCGACCGCCAGACGCGCCUAGAGGGCGCAGAGAUCAACAAGAGCCUACUUGCACUGAAGGAAUGUAUUAGGGCCCUGGGACGCAACAAACCGCACACGCCUUUCAGAGCCAGCAAACUCACCCAGGUGCUCCGAGACUCUUUCAUCGGGGAGAACUCGCGGACAUGCAUGAUUGCGACCAUCUCUCCUGGCAUGGCAUCCUGUGAAAACACUCUGAAUACCCUGCGCUAUGCCAACAGGGUGAAGGAGCUGACGGUGGACCCCAACGCGGUGGUGGUGGAGAGCAGCAGCCGGCCCAACAUUCACGCCGUGAGCCAGCUGGACCUGAUGGACGAGGAGUGGGACAACAGCAACUCCCCGCAGAGGGACGACCUCAAGCUGCUCUGCGAGCAAAACGAGGAGGAGGUGUCUCCCCAGCUCUUCACCUUCCACGAGGCCGUGUCUCAGCUGGUGGAGAUGGAGGAGCAGGUGCUGGAGGAUCACAGGAUCGUCUUCCAGGAGUCCAUCCGGUGGCUGGAGGAGGAGAAGGUCCUGAUGGACAUGACUGAAGAGGUGGACUACGACGUGGAUGCCUACUCCUCCCAGCUGGAGCAGAUCCUCGACCAACGGAUUGACAUCCUAGUUGAACUUAGAGAUAAAGUGAGAUCGUUCCGCUCCGCACUACAAGAAGAAGAACAAGCCAGUAAGCAGAUCAACCCCAAGAGGCCCCGUGCUCUGUAGUAACCAGUGAUUUGGAGAGACCCAGAUUUGUGUUUCUGAGCAUGUGCAUUGUCAUGCCACGCUCAAGAACGCGGCACUAGAUUAGGCAAGAACACACGGAGCUCAGUUUUUCAAACAAUAAUGUAACAGAAACAGAAGACAGAAAAAAAUGAGAGCCGUGAUCCUUUCAGCCUUCUCGUAGUUUCGUUUUACCGAUAGACAGUCAGUGUUCAUUUUCUACAUUCAUGUGACCCGUAUGAGCAGUUUGGUGGGGAGUUACAGUGCACACAGCGUGAAAGGCUUCCCUUGUACAAGUGCGGAUUCAUGAUGGUCGUCGACAGUUUUGUUUUUUAAUAUUUUAGUUUUUUGUUCUUUUAUUUAUUUCUUUUCAAUGUUUUUGUCUUCUCAAUAUGGAUGUUUACUUGGUCAAGUGGAUACCUCCCUUCCGUUCUGUCUUUAGUUGUUUUUAGUUGUACCUCCCGAUAUGUUGAAAGUUCUUUAUUUUUCUGAAAAUCAGUUUUUAAGCAGGCUUUCAUCACUGAUAACCAUGUUUUGCUGGCAUCACACGGAAUGUUCGCGCUCACUCUCAGUUCUUUUUCCAGCUCCUGCGUUCCUUCACUACAGUUUUUUUGUUUUGUUUUGUUUCUUUUGGUUGUACGUCAGAUGGCAGGUUAGCAAUGCUGCUUUCUGUUGAGGUGAACGACUUGCACUUUUCCUGUUCCCCCCCCUUUGUUAGGUUUCUUCAUUACUCCUCACCUAUGACUCGUCAUCUGUAGUUGUUUGGGUUUUUGUGCCAUAUCAAAAAAGAUGAGGUGGCUAACAAGUUCUCACCAAACUACUAGUCCCUUUCACGUAGUACUGUUUAUGACGUUCACACCACUAAAAAGACUUUUGUGAAAUAUGACAACCAUGGGUAAAAUUACGAACUAUUCCACAUUACUCUGAAGCAUUUGCACCAAAUGUUUUGGUGGCUAAAUAAAGACUGAUUUGACAUGA